UGGAUUAAUUAAAUGAAUUUUUGGUGAUAUGAAGAUCAAUCACUAAAUUUACUAGUACUAAUUAUCACCAAUAUAUCUCUAAUGAAAAUAAUGCAAAUUAAUUGAAAUAUUCAACUUAUGACUUCAUCUUCUAUCAUUUGUGAAUCAUUCAAUUCAGAUAUUCAAUAUCCUGAAUUGACUCCAAUUGAUUUAAAUACUACGAAUACAAUUACAACAUCAUCUAAUAUCAUAGAUCCUAUUACUACUACUACCACUACUAUUAUUACUCCUCCUCCUCCUCCUCCUCCUCCUACUACUACUACUACUGCUACUGUUACAAAUGAUAUAGAAAGUAGUAUAAUUCAUGAAAAUAACAAUUUCCCUGUACGUUGUAAAUCAUUAGAAAUAAAAUCAACAGAAAAAUCUUUAAUGAAUUCUACUUCAAAGAAACGUCAUCGUAGUACUGUUGAAAAUCAAUGGAAUCAUUCAAAUUCAAUGAAUACUUUAACAAAUUUAAAAUAUCAUCAUACAAAAAAUAAUUUAUGUUUAUCAUUGAAUGGAGAAAAAAAACAUCAAGAAGAAUGUAUUAUAGAUGUAAAGAAACGAAGAACUGUGGAUGAUAAUAUGCUUCAAGUUGGUUCAAUUAUUCCUGAACCAUCAGCAGUUUAUAAUUAUACUACUAAUAAAACAUAUGAAUAUGAUGAAUUAAUUCAUGAUUAUCCAAAAUUUAAAUUUUUUAAUCAACAAGCAAAUAUGAAUAGAACAUAUUCACAUUGGAUGAAUUCAUAUGAACAGUUUGAAAAUAAUAAAGAAGAACUGACAAAUGAACUAUCUACAAAUCGUAUACAAUUAAAACAAUCGAUUAAAAAAGGAUCCAGUCGUGAGAAUAUACCAAACAAAUUGACGAAUAAUGGUAAUUGGAACACUUUCAAUGAUACAAUGAAUGUUAAUCAUCAUAAAGAUGAAAUAGAUAAUGAAUUAUCAUCUGCAUCGGAGCUUACAACUGCUGCGUAUAAUAAUUUUGUACGUCGUGUCGUUGAUGAUACAUUGGAUCGUACAGUGACAUUUUGUGAACAACCAAGACAUGCUAUAACAGCUUUAGAAAAUAUUUGUACAAGAGCAUGGCCUCAAUUAGAAGUGAAACGUCAUCGUAAUCGAAUACGUGCCUAUCUUAAGGCAUGUAGACGUAAUUCCAAAAAGAAUAAAGGUCAAAUCAAUAUGAAAGAACCACCUGCAAAUGGUUUGUCAAUUGAAGCUCGACAGCUUGUAUCAAAAGCGUUAACUUUAGUAGCUGGAGAUUUAGACUACUUAAGACAAACGAUGCAAGCAGAGAAAGUUAAAAAUGAAUCAUUAUUUUCUUCAUCAAAAUUAGACAAUUCAAGUGAGAAAUCAUACUCUGCCGCUUCCACCACUAGGAAACGAUCUCCUACAACGAACAGUUUAGAUUUCACAGAUAUUUCUAAACAGAGACAUGAUCAAUUUGAAACUUAUGGCGCUGAUGAUAAGUUAAAAUUGAAUAAUAAUAGUAAUAAUAAUAAUAAUAAUAAAAAUCUUUGGAAUAUAUCAAAUAAUCUAUUAAAUGAUAUAAUAAAUAAUACAUCAUUUCCAUUUACUGAUCCAUUAUUUUGGUCGAAUUCAUUUAUUCAAAAUGCCAAUUUAGAUGGGAAUUAUUUAGCCACUGCGGCAGCGGCGGCAGCGGCUGCCACAGCGAUGGCUGCUGUUAAUCCAGCUAAUCUGUUGAAAUUAUUACCAGCUCCAAUACAAUUAAACAAUAACACAUAUUCAUCUAAUCAUAAUAAUAUAAAUACGACUGCUACUAGUACUUCCUAUUCUUUAACUACUUCACCUUUCACAUCAUCGUCAUCAUCAUCAGUAUUUUCAAAUUCACCUAGAUUAAUAAAUAAUGACAAUGUGAAUAAUAAUGAAAAUACCAAUGUUACUACAAAUACUACUAAUUGUAAUAAUAGUAGUAUUGAUUUUGAUGCGAAACAUGAUCAACUAUCAACUAUACAGGGAAAAUAUUCUAAACGAAAUAAAUUGUUAUCACAUACAACAUGGUUUGAUGAUGAUCAUUUGUUCCAGGUCAGUAAUAAUAAUAAUCAUAAUAAUGGUAACAAUGGUCACUCCUCAAGUCCUAAGUUGAAUGAGCAUAAAUUUAUAUCAUCCGAUAAAGAUUUCAAUAUAGAAUCAGAGAUAAACAGACAAUCUAAUUUAAUUAACUUUUAUCGUUUAUAUUUGUCAAACGAUCCAAGCCAUAAUAAUAAUAGUGAUUUGAAAUAUUGUUCACCACCGCCUGCACAUAUUAGUUCAAUUCAAUACAGUCCGAUAAUUAAUCAAAUAUUGGACAGAUUAACGGAUUCAUCAUUAUUAACUCAUAAUGAUGUGGAAUUUUUCAUACAAAAUUAUGAAAUUACCAAAGUUGCCAUUCAACAAGCACGUUGUAGAUCGAAUUUAAUUUUGAAGAAAAUUGAAAUUGUAGAAAAUCAAAUUAAAUCUUCUUCAAUAAUCAAUUCAAAAACAAUGCCAUUAAAUCUAUCUUGA